ACAAAAAAUAUAUACUCUCUUCUUCGCUGUUGCUUGUUGACUCAUUCCCUCCUUCCUCAUCUCCUCUCACUCACCAUUAUUUUUCUGGUCGCGGGUUUCCAUCGGAUUUCAACGUGGUUUUAACCGCGCCCUCCCGUACCCGCACCCGCACACAAAAAAAGAAUAUGGCGGGAGCAUUCGAGGAAGAGACAAAUUUAUACAACCGGAUAGUUCUAGGAAGUUUGUUGCCGGAGGGAGCGUGGGAGCCGCUGCCGCACUGGCUACAAGGCUGGCUCCGGAACUACAUUGGAGGAACCCUGGUUUAUUUCAUCUCAUCGUUCCUUUGGUGUUUCUACAUUUAUUAUCUCAAGCGUAACCGUUACAUUCCUAAAGAUGCUAUCCCAACAAACAAGGCCAUGCUCCUGCAGAUUGCUGUUGCCAUGAAAGCCAUGCCAUUUUACGUGGUUCUUCCAGCAAUAUCAGAGUACAUGGUGGAGCAAGGAUGGACCAAAUGCUUUGCCAGUAUCGACGAUGUCGGAUGGCCUACAUAUUUCAGAAAUUUAGCUCUGUAUCUUACCAUUGUUGAAUUCGGAAUUUACUGGAUGCAUAGAGAGUUGCACGACAUCAAACCUCUUUACAAGUAUCUUCAUGCCACUCAUCACAUCUACAACAAGCAGAAUACGCUCUCUCCUUUUGCUGGUUUGGCGUUCCACCCUCUAGACGGAAUAAUGCAGGCAUUGCCGCAUGUCAUGGCGCUUUUCCUUGUCCGAAUGCAUUUCAGAACACACAUAGCCCUUUUGUUCAUCGAAGGCAUUUGGACUGCAAAUAUUCAUGACUGCAUCCAUGGUAAACUGUGGCCUGUUAUGGGCGCUGGUUAUCACACUAUACAUCAUACUACUUACCGUCAUAACUAUGGCCACUACACUAUAUGGAUGGACUGGAUGUUUGGCACGCUUCGUGAUCCCGAAGAAGAUGAAGCCAAGAAAAUGUGAAGACAGCUGAUUCAGCUGGUCAAGUACAUUAGUACAGUGUUUAAUUUCUUUCAUCUGGUAGCCUAUGCUUCCAGUUGGGGCUGAACUUGAUUGAUGCUUGUAUGUUCAUAUACAUUUGGUUUUGUUGCUAGUUUCUCACACAAACCAUUCACCUGAUAGUGGGAGGCAACAGGAUUCUGUGCCUUUCGUAUACAAUUUGGUUAUUAUCAGAUCAACAUUGAGGGUUAUAACGAAA